AUGCACCGACUUCUUCGUGUUGGUCAUACAGCAACACAGGCAACAGACAGCCAUUUUGCCCGAGCCUCACCUAUCAGACACCAUGAAGUUUCGAGCCUCAUCCCUUGGAUUGAAGUUCCCCAGCCGGAUUCAGCUUUUCAACCAUCUCAUUUGAGAGCCGUCCACGAUGUUUUGGAAACGAGAGGGGUACUGCAAUUGCAGUUAGGAUUUCAGGAUGAAAAAAGUACUUACCUCCAGAGCCUAAUUCACAACCUCAACAAAAACCAUAAUCAUGGUCUUCCGAUCACCCAUAGUGCCGAGCGGGGAUGGUUUUGGGAUGUUCGGCCCUCUGUAGGCAGUCUCCAAAAUCAUGGACAUCAAGCCCGUUCAGAGACGAUGUCUUGCUUUGACUGGCAUACGGAUUGCAGUUAUGAAAGUCAUCCACCUCGAUAUUUUGCGCUUCAAGUCCUUCAACCAGAUCGCUACGGGGGUGGAACGUUAUCGCUAUUGGGCGUUGAUCGGCUCCUCGCCUUACUUUCACCUCGCACACAGACGUGGCUCUCUAGCCCCAAUUACAUGAUUGCCGUUCCUCCUGAAUUCAAUAAGAAAACCGGUGAACAGUGCAUCGUGGGAAACUUACUGAUGAGAUCAGGAGGUGGUGGGAGUCAAAUACGAUUUCGGGAAGAUAUCACAACACCGUUGACUUUAGAGGCUGCUGCGGCAUUGGAGGAACUGAAAAAGACACUUUUGGAUAAACGAGUCCAAGAAUGGACUCUUCAUUUGACCCCCCAAAGUCUCCCCAGGGGAUCGAUCAUUAUGAUGGAUAAUCGGCGCUGGCUACAUUCACGAAAUGAGGUUAAAGACCCCAAUCGUCAUCUCCGGCGAGUUCGAUGGGAUGCAAGUCCGUUUGGAUCCUUGAAACCAUAA